AUGGAGGCCGAUACAGCACGGCCACCACAAUCGCAGCAGGGCAAGCAAGCGGCGUGUCUGAACUGCCGCCGGAGCAAAAUCCGCUGCAACCGCCUGCCCGGCGAGGCGCGCUGCGAGAAAUGCAGACACGCCAAUGCCGACUGCAUUGUUCCUAGUCACCACCUAGGGCGGCAGAAGGGAGUCAAGAAUAAACGAAAAGGAUUGGAGAAGGCCAUCCACCAAAUCGAGCAGGCUAUCAAGCGGCCGCGGGUGGAUUCUGGGGAUGGUCCUGGGACCGAUGAUGCCCAAAGGGCGAUUUCGGGUUUGCAAGAGCUACUAGAUAAAGUCCAGGGCCAUCUAGUACAGAACACAGCCAGUGAAUUUGCCGACAGUUCUCAUCAUCUGCGCAAUUUGCCCUCUCCCCAGCGAGACACCCAUGCAGAUGAGAGUCUGACUCUCGAUGAUGCAGAGAACCCCCUGCAGCUUCUUGCGCGGGCCUCUGAUCUCCAACUCUCUCCAUCAGAGAGGCACCAUGUACCCAACACAUCACCAUUGCCUUCUGUGGCGCUGCCGACACUGCCACCGGAGACCACCGGCGUGCUUGCGGAAUCGAGCGCACAGCCGUUUUUUGUUCAAGCGAGAGCGAGUUUGGAUAUAGGUCCGGAGCUGGACCCUGUGGAUUUGGGACUCGUCACAUUUGAUGAAGCAGAGUCCUUGUUCUCAUUUUUCUAUCAGAGUCUGGCACAUACGCGAUGGGGCCUGGAUCCUUUAAUACACAGUGCUUCUUUCGUGCGCUCUCAGUCUGCAUUCCUCUUUACUUCCAUUUUAGCCGCAUCAGCCUUGUUUUUGCCAUCUGCAGCUGCGUUGUCCACGAGGUUGUCGAGACAUUGCAAAUGGCUCGCAGAGCGGGUGAUCACGCAUCGACAUCGAUCCGUCGAGAUUGUCUUGGCUUUCAUGGUGCAUGUUCCAUGGAUGGCUCCCGGUGAUAGCCUGGGGGAUGAUGAUACUUGCUCAUAUCUCGCCAUGGCACUCACUGUGGCUUUGGAUCUGUCCUUGAACAAAAUUGUCGUACCGUCCUCGAGCUUUGACCAGGGAUUGCUGAGCCGGCUCGCAAAAGCGGACUGUAUCGACGCUAAACGGGCAUUGCAUAUGGAUGGAUUCGAUGAUAUCGAUCCGGCCUCGAAAUGGGGGAGGCGAUUGCUUCGACGACGAGAACGGACCUGGAUUGCUUUAUUUGUCGUGGAAAGGGGUGUCUGUCUCGCUCGCGGAAGAAGCUAUACUGUGCCUCCAACGGCACUCAUUGAGCAUUGCGAUCACUGGCAUGAUUCCGACGUUGCAGAUUUACGCGAUGGACCCAUGAAUUCCAUGGCUGUUCUAAGAAGAGACCUGGAUGAUCUAUUCAGAAAAGCCAAGUCGAGCUGUGAUAGUUAUCGUGUUGUUGACACCGGGGCUGAGGCGGCGCAAACAAUCAAGAAAACCAUUGAGAGCUUCUACGAGCAGUGGUAUGCGACAUGGGCAUUAGCCAUUGGUGAAGGGGAAUCUCGGUCGCUACCGCCAUACGUUGAGAUCUUGGUUACCCAUACUCAGCUCUCCACAUACGGCGGUGUCAUUAACCACCCCACGGCUCCCGUUGAAGUGAAGCGCUUUUUCCGGGCUGCCGGGCUUUCUUCCGCGUUGAAUGUUCUCCGAGCCGCUAUACAGGGCGAAUCCCGACUCAAGUCUAUGCCCAACAAUACUGUCAUCAUGAUCUCCUUUGCUGCAUGCUCAGCUCUCAGUCUAAGCGUCACCCCAGGCGACAGCAGGUCCAGCUUAGCACCCAGCGUUCGAACUCUCAUUGAAGAAACAGCUGGUGUCCUAGAACGGAUUGGGGCCACACCAAGCCAUCGAAAUGGGGCUUCGGUGCUUUAUGGAAGGUUUCUGAGGGAAUUGAUUCGACGCGCACCUGCAAUCAACCCCAAUUCUCAACCCCGACUCGAUCAACCAGAAACUGUUCUCCAGCCCGCUUGCUUGGAUGAUAACCAUGAUCCUACAUUGCCCGUCGCUCAGUCCUCAUUAUUACCCCCCGAAGAUCUUUGGUCGGAGCCGUUGCAGUUUUCUGCUAUGUCAGAUGGUCAGAUCAUUGAUGCGGUCAAUCGAGCUGGUACUGCGUUUGGAGCAUCUAUUCCCGAUGUGUCUAUGGAUAAUAUGCUUAGCUGGGAUUGGCUUGACUUUGUCAUCGUAAAUAUGGCAACCAUGCGCAUCUCAACUGCAUCUCUGUCGCAAAGAGUGAUCACCACCUGCCGACCUCGAUUGUAUCUUGGCGUUCGGUGCCGAAGCGGGCAUUCCUUUGCGCCGAUAGCAAAGGCGCGCGAUGGCGACCGCAAAUACUCGACAACCACACCAGCUCCGUCACUAGCGCCAAAAGUCGAACGCGGUGGCUCCAAAUUGUUCAAGGAUGCUGACGCCGCCGUCGCCGACAUCAAGAGCGGAUCCACGAUCCUCAGCUCCGGGUUUGGACUGUGCGGGGUGGCAGAAACGUUGAUCAAUGCGAUGCACCGCCGAGGUGCCGAUCAAUUACACUCGCUGACCGCGGUCUCGAAUAAUGCCGGUGCCGCGGGCAAGGGCGGCCUCUCGACGCUGUCACAGAAUGGCCAACUGAACCGGCUGAUCCUUUCGUAUUUGGGGAACAACAAGGCACUGGAGAAGAAGUACCUAUCGGGAAAUAUUGCCAUUGAGCUCUGUCCCCAAGGCACCUUAGCUGAGCGUUUGCGGGCUGGAGGCGCGGGUAUCCCGGCAUUCUACACUCCGACUGGUGUCCGCACAUUUAUCCAAGAAGGCAAAAUCCCUGUCCGCAUGGAUCAGUCGGGCAAGGUGUUGGAAAAUGGCAAGCCGCGCGAGACGCGAGAAUUCAAUGGCAAAUCGUACUUGAUGGAGACCGCACUGACGGGUGAUGUGGCGAUUAUUCGGGCGUGGAAGGCAGAUGAGGCUGGAAACUGCGUGUUCCGGUAUACAACGAAGGCCUUCGGUCCCAUUAUGGCCAAGGCAGCGACCCUGACUAUUGUUGAAGCUGAGAAUAUUGUACCCAUUGGUUCUAUUGACCCGAAUGAUGUGGAUCUUCCCGGCAUCUUCGUGGACCGUGUUGUGCCGGCGACCGACGAGAAGCACAUUGAGAUUAAGAAGCUGCGCACGAACGAACACAGCGCGACUGAGCCCACUCAAGACGCAGCCUUGAUUGAGAGAAACCGAAUCGCGCGUCGGGCGGCCAAGGAGCUCAAGCAGGGGUAUUAUGUCAAUCUGGGUGUCGGAAUUCCCACACUGGCACCGUCGUACUUGCCCAAGGAUGUCAAGGUCUGGAUUCAGUCGGAGAAUGGUAUCCUGGGAAUGGGCGAAUAUCCCACAGAAGAAGAAUUAGAUCCGGACAUCAUCAACGCUGGAAAGGAAACCGUCACACUUGUUCCCGGUGCCGCAACAUUUGACAGCACUGAAUCAUUUGGUAUGAUCCGUGGUGGCCAUGUGGACGUGUCUAUACUCGGUGCUCUCCAAGUUAGCGCCAACGGCGACCUGGCCAACUACAUGAUCCCCGGCAAGGUGUUCAAGGGAAUGGGUGGAGCCAUGGACCUGAUAUCGAACCCGGAAAAGACCAAGAUUGUCGUGGCCACCAGCCAUGUGGCCAAGGACGGCUCCCCCAAGAUCGUCCAGGAGUGUAGCCUGCCGUUGACGGGUGCCAAUGUGGUCAGCACUAUCAUUACUGACUUGUGUGUCUUCCAGGUCAACCGGGCCACUGGAGAGCUCACUCUGACCGAACUGGCACCGGGGGUGGAGGUCGAGGAGGUGCAGCAGAAGACCGGGGCCAAGUUUAGCAUUGCUGAGAACUUGGAGAUCAUGGAGUAA